UUCAGAACUAGUCUUCAGUUAAGAUGAAAUUACACAUACCCUUCAUCUUCAUGCUGCUAUCAUACUGUGUGUUUGGUCAGAACCAAUUUCCAGCAAAUUUUCCUAUAUCUGGACAAUAUCCAUUUUGGCCAACAUGGUAUUAUCCACCUCAAUGUGUUGGUGAUUUUUAUGGUCGUAUCUGGUGUCUAUGGAAUCCAUACUGGCAGUCUUAUUCAGGUUAUCCACCUUAUCCACCAGUCCUCGGUGCAAAUCCUAGGAAUAGAAGUAAUUUCAACGUGAAAUGA